AUGUCAGUCAAUACUCAGAAGAGCCUAAUGGCCCUCAACUCUACCCAGAAAACCCUUUCAGGUGUCGAGAUACCUGUGCUAGGUUUUGGUGUCUACGAAGUACCGGUUACUGAGGCCGAGGAAGUGACUACCAAGGCACUGAAUGCCGGAUAUCGCCAUGUUGAUUCUGCUGCAUGGUAUGAAAAUGAGAUGCAAUGCGUGUCUGCGAUUCAAAAGGCUGGACUGAAGCGUUCAGACGUUUUCCUGACUACCAAAAUCCUCCCAGAGCCUGCGGGCAAAGGCGUCGGGUAUGAGGCAACCAAGAAGUCAAUUCAACAAAGUCUCAAGCAUGCCCAAACAGACUAUUUUGACUUGAUCCUUAUCCAUGCACCAUAUGGUGGAAAAGAAGCCCGACUCGGCACUUGGCGUGCGCUCGUCGAAGCGCAGGAAGCUGGACAAGCCCGCUCGGUUGGUGUGUCAAAUUACGGCAUCCAUCACUUGGAAGAGCUAGAGGAAUACAUUCAAAGUGGAGGUGGCGGCCAGAUUGAGGUGGGCCAGUAUGAACUGCACCCAUGGCUAGGACGUGCCGAUCUGGUACAGUGGUUGCGCCAACGGGGGGCAAUUAUCGAGGCUUACUCCCCGCUUGUCCGAGGUAAUCGUUUGAAUGAGCCUGUUCUACAAACUUUGAGUGAAAAGCACAACAAGUCGCCAGCCCAGAUCUUGAUUCGCUGGAGUCUUCAAAUGGGAUUUGUCCCAUUGCCUAAGUCUUGCACUCCGGAGCGGAUUGUUGAGAAUGCGGAUGUUUUCAAUUUUCAGCUGGAUGAGGAUGACAUGGAGCUUCUGCAUACUGAUGAAUAUUCACCUUCCCCGUGGGAUCCUACCGUUGAUCGAGACUAA